AUGAGCGUGGUCUUGGAGAGCUUUGCCAGCCUCAACAACCUUGGUCUGGCCAUCCUCGUAGGCCUUCUUGGCUCACUCGGCAGCAUUGAUGGCCCGCCGCAUGCACAACCACAUGUCCAUCGAAGCCUGAAAGAUGAAAAGAAAUCAGUAUGGUGCCGAGCGUUUAAAAAAAAGAAAAAAAAGCGGAAGAAGACUUACCAAGGCCUGGAGACGGAAGGCACGCCAUGCUUCCUCCCGUAG